AUGUUGUGUACAAAAGUUUUAAAACAAACCCUUUAUGGUAAUUUUUCUGUGCGUCUCGCUCAAUUUUCCCUUGCCAUUGAACCCAAACACUUCUCACCAUUAUCGAACUUGCCAUUGAAGAAACAAUUGCACACAAUGUCAGCUCAAUUGAAAGUUAAUACUGCCGAAUUCACUUUAAACACAGGCGCCAAGAUCCCAGCCGUUGGUUUGGGCACGUGGCGUGCUAGCGAAAAAGAUGCUGCCUACAACUCUGUCUUGACCGCCUUGAAGAAUGGCUACAGACACAUCGACACUGCUGCUAUCUACGGAAAUGAAGAAGAAGUAGGAAGAGGAAUUGCUGCAGCUGGAAUCCCAAGAAGCGAAUUGUUUGUCACCACCAAGUUGUGGAACAAGAAGCACAAGGAUGUUGAAGCAGCUUUGGAUGAAUCGUUGAAGAAAUUGGGUCUUGAUUACGUCGAUUUGUACUUGAUCCACUGGCCCGUUUCCACUGACCCAGAAACUGAUAAACCAUACUCAGACCACGACUUUGUUGACACUUGGAAGACUUUGCAAAAGAUCUACAAAGAAGGUAAAAAGGUCAAAGCAAUUGGUGUUUCCAACUUUACUGUAAAGAAAUUGGAAAAGCUUUUGAAUGCUGAUGGUGUGGACGUUGUGCCUGCUGCCAACCAAGUUGAAGCUCACCCAUUGUUGACUCAACCAGAAUUGUACGACUACUUGAAGGCAAAGAAUAUUGUUUUGGAAGCUUAUUCGCCAUUGGGUUCAAGUGAAUCCCCAUUAUUUAAGAACAAGGCAAUCACCGACAUUGCUGAAAAGAAUGGUGUUGAACCAGCUCAAGUUUUGGUCUCAUGGACAGUGCAAAGGGACACUGUCGUUUUGCCAAAGUCGGUUACUGAUUCAAGAAUCAUCUCAAACAUCAAGACAUUCACUUUGAGUAAGGAAGAUUUUGAAACCUUGAACAAGCUUUCUGAGAAAGACGGUGUUGUUAGAACUUGUAAUCCUGGAUUCAACAAUUUCGAUGAUUAA